CGACGUACAGCUAGAAAAACGAGAAAAACAGCAAAACAAAACAAUGGCAGACGAACGGAAUUUCCGCUCAACCUAUUACGAAAAAGUCGGCUGCCGGAGCGUGGAGGAGCGCAAAUCUUUGGAAAUUCUGCUCAAGGACAAACCGCUCAACGUGCUCAAGUUGAAACAGUUUUGCAUUCGGUUCACCGUGCCCAACAUCCACCGGAGUGUGCUGUGGAACUUCCUGUUGGGUGUCACCCCGGCGUACACCGAUUCAUGCAAAUACGUCAUGACCCAGAGGGAAGCGGUGUAUGAAGAUUUACUGCGUGCUUUGCAGGUGAUGAGAAUAGUCGAUGAUAAAACGCCAAAGCCCAAGGUCUUAUACGCGAUGUGGCUGCUGGAAACCAAGCAGCUUUGCCUGGGAUACGAUCUGAAUCAAGAAAGCCACUUCAGCAACGUGACGGAGGUUCUGUUACAGAUCUUCGACAACGACAUCGAGAUCUAUUGGAUGUCCAAGGGUUUUCACGAGUACAGUCAGGAGAUCAUCGAAGAGAUGGGGAAACUGUCCGACUUGACCGGCACAAUUCUGGAGAAAGAGGACAACGGUUUGUACAUACACCUGAAAUCGUGCGACAUCUUUCCGGUGCUUCCGCUGGAGAAGUGGUACGGAUCGUUCUUCGCCGGGGUUCUUCCCGAGCUGGCCAUCAUUCGGAUAUGGGACAAACUCUGCGGCGGGUCAAUCAAGAUUGUAAUAUUUGUGCUGAUCGAAAUCCUGCGAACCCUGCGGAGGAGGGUGCUCCGGUGUGUGGAUCUGAAAUCGUUGCUCGAGUGCAUCGACACUAUCAAGGACGAACAGGAAACGGCCGACUUGAUUGUGAAUAAGGCCAUCGAGCUGUGGCAGCAGAACAAGGGUCACAAUGAGUUCAUUCUCCAAUCCAAAGUAAAGUCUCUCAUCUAAAGUGUUCGUUCAUUAUCUAGUUGAACUAAAAAUCGAACUGAUUUUUUUUGUGUUAUUCAUAUAUAUUAUAAGUCUUAAACUGUAAGGAAUUAUAGAAUUUUGUUCGCUUCAUUUAAA